AAGCACUAGAAAACAAGAUUUCACCUAAAAAACCAUCCAGAUUCAUUGAAUCCAACCACCUCAUCAGCAUAGCUAGACAGUAGACACGCAGGCUCAUCACAGCCUCACACCACAUCCGGGGAUCAUUGCAUUUCAGCAUCCUCCCACAACAGAGCAAGAGCAACGUGAUCGCGCAUGGGCGGGCUCACCAUGGAGCCGGCCUUCGUGCAGGCCCCCGAGCACCGCCCCAAGCCCACCGUCACCGAGGCCACCGGCAUCCCGGUCACCGACGUGGACGCGCUGGCGGCCGAGGUGGGCGCGGCGAGCCGGGACUGGGGCUUCUUCGUGGUCGUAGGCCACGGCGUGCCCGCGGGGACCGUGGCGCGCGCGACGGCGGCGCAGCGCGCGUUCUUCGCGCUGCCGGCGGAGCGGAAGGCCGCCGUGCGGAGGAGCGAGGCGGAGCCGCUCGGGUACUACGAGUCGGAGCACACCAAGAACGUCAGGGACUGGAAGGAGGUGUUCGACCUCGUCCCGCGCGAUCCGCCGCCGCCAGCAGCCGUGGCCGACGGCGAGGUCGUGUACAGGAACAAGUGGCCUGAGGACCUGCCAGGGUUCAGAGAGGCGCUGGAGGAGUACACGAACGCUCUUGAAGAGCUGGCGUUGAAGCUGCUGGAGCUGCUGGCCCGGAGCCUGAAGCUGAGGCCCGACCGGCUGCACGGCUUCUUCAAGGAGCACACGUCGUUCUUCCGGCUGAACCACUACCCUCCGUGCCCGGCGCCGGAGGUGGUGCUGGGCGUGGGGCGGCACAAGGACCCCGGAGCGCUGACCGUCCUGUACCAGGACGACGUCGGCGGGCUCGACGUCCGGCGGCGAUCCGACGGCGAGUGGGUCCGCGUCAAGUGCGUUCCCAACUCGUUCGUCAUCAACGUCGGCGACACCGUGCAGGUGUGGAGCGACGACAGGUACGAGAGCGCGGAGCACCGGGUGUCGGUGAACUCGGAGAAGGAGAGGUUCUCCAUGCCCUACUUCUUCAACCCGGCGAGCGGCGCCAUUGUGGAGCCGCUGGAGGAGGUGGUGAGCGAGGAGAAGAAGCCGCCCAGGUACAGCGCCUACAGCUGGGGCGACUACUUCAGCACCAAGCUCAACGGCAACUUCAAGUGGCUGGACGUGGACAACCUCCAGAUCGCGGAUUUCAGGAAGAGCUACAGCUCCGGAGACGUGCCGUGACCGUGACCCUGAGUGAGUGGUACAAAAUUGUGACCACCACAAGUCCACAAGUGAAGAAGAGCCCUUUAGGUGCUAGCUGACUAGCGGUGUGCACCUACAGCUUCUUCCUCUGUAACCUUGGAAAUAAACUUGUCUUCUUGCCCUUUGUUCUCGGAACAAAGACAGAUAUAUAUAUUCCCUCUAUCUAUAAAAAGAAAAUACAAUUUUUA